GAUGGAGAAAUACAACCUAGUGUGUGUCGGCCAGCCGGAGUGAACGCGGAGAGGGACGGAGGAAGAGCCGGGAGCUGCAGGCUGAUCGUCCAGACAAAAGAAACGCGGAGAGGAGGCUGGAGCAGCUGCGGUUAUCAACUUCAUCCACACCUGAGCAGCGGCAGAAAACACAGGGAUUUGUGGGAAACCGACAGCUUUGCUUUGCCCCCCUCCCUGUUCUCAAGCCUCCUCAUCCUCCUCUGAAUGAUUGACAGCAUGCCCAUCGUGUCUGCCAGCACAGGGCUGCAUGAGACCCUGGCCCUGCUCACCUCUCACCUCCACCCUGACGCCAACCACAAGGAGGACCUGGUCUUCCUCAAAGAUGUCUUCAGCGAGAAAAGCCUCAGUUACCUCAUGAAGAUCCAUGAGAAACUGAAGCAGUAUGUGAAGUACAGCCCCAUUCCUGUCCUACACAGCGCCUCCUGCUUGGCUGAGGACCUGGCAGAAGAGCUUCAGAACGGGCCGCUGGACGAUGACGAGCAAGAACUCCUGCUCCUGCUGAGCACUCCUCACCUGAAGGCGGUGCUGUCGGCUCACGACAUCGUGGCCCAAAAGAAAUUUGACCCAGUGCUUCCACCGUUGCCUGAGGAUCCGGACGACGACCUGGAGGAGGAGUCCGUGAAGAUCGUCCGUCUGGUUAAGAACAAGGAGCCGCUGGGAGCGACUAUCCGGAGAGACGAGGCGACGGGUGCUGUGAUUGUGGCCAGAAUCAUGCGGGGAGGGGCGGCCGACCGCAGCGGUCUGGUUCAUGUCGGGGAUGAGCUCCGAGAGGUCAACGGAAACCUGAUAACGCACAAAAGGCCAGACGAGAUUAGUCAAAUUCUGUCUCAGUCUCAAGGAUCAAUCACCCUGAAAAUCAUCCCCGCUGUCGCAGAAGACGACAAACUGAAGGAAAGCUGGGUUUAUCUCCGGGCUCUGUUUGACUACACGCCUUUUGAGGACAAGGCCACGCCUUGCCAAGAAGCCGGACUUCCAUUUAAAAAGGGCGACAUUCUUCAGGUUGUCACCCAGGAAGACGCCACCUGGUGGCAGGCCAAGAGAGUGGGGGAGUGUAACCUGCGGGCCGGACUCAUCCCCUCCACGCAGUUCCAGGAGAGACGCCUGAGGUAUAGAAUGAAAAUGGGUUCCCUACCCGGCCCUACGUCCCCCAAAACACCCACAUAUGUGCGGAUUGAGAGAGAAGACUGUGACAGUAAAGCAGCCCUGAAUGGAAAGGAUGUAGCCAGCUUGCGUAGAAGUUUCCGCCUCAGGAAAGAUCGCCAGGGUUCACCAGGAGAAGCACAAACUCCAGACGCCAAUCACCCAGAGUUCCUCAUUUACGAAGAAGUCACACAAUAUUUGGUGCAUCCUGCUGAGAAGCCCCGCCUUAUAGUCCUCAUAGGUUCAUUAGGAGCUCGGAUCACUGAGCUCAAGCAGAAGGUGAUUGCCGAGCAUCCUCGAUGGUACAGUCUGGCUGUCCCUCACACCACCCGGGCCAGGAAGAGUCACGAGAGGGAAGGAGUGGAGUACCACUUCAUCAGCAAAGCAGCUUUCGAGGCCGACAUCCACAAUGGCAAGUUUAUUGAAUACGGGGAGUAUAAAGAUAAUCUGUAUGGAACCAGUUUGGAGUCCAUUCACAGAGUUUUGAAUCACAAUAAGAUGUGUCUAGUGGAUGUGCAACCAGAGGCUCUGAGCGCUCUCCGAACAGCCGAGUUCAAACCUUUUAUCGUCUUUGUGAGGCCUCGCAUCUAUGAUGGUCAAAGAAAACAGUUUGGCUCCUCUUCCUCUCUCAGUGCAGGGAUCACAGAGGAGGAUCUUCAGGAAAUGAUCCAGUCUGCAGAGCGGCUGAGCGAGCGUUACGGUCAUUGGGUGGACUACGUCCUGCUGAAGGAGGACCCGGCCAGUGCCUUGGCAGAGCUGCAGGUGGUGCUGGAGCGGGUGCAGACGGAGCCACAGUGGGUGCCCGUGAGCUGGGUGAGGCGGUAGGACGAUGCAAGACUGCGCUGCAGCUCUGCAGGGAUCCGGUCUUCACUGCCAUGUCAUUCUACCUGUCCGGGUGUGUUGUAGCAGAGUGGUGUUGAUAUUGUAAAAGAACUUGUUUUUUUUCCCCCAUCAGUUUGGACAUCACAGCCCGUUGUAGACGGAUCAGUGAAAGUGACAUCAGUAGUCACACAGAGCCAGUACUGGUGUACAUAUUGUAUAUAGCAAGAGUGCAGUGGUAGAAUUAAGACUCUAACAGGCAUGCAGGACCAAGUUUAAGGCUAAUCAUUUAGGAUCUGUACUGAUUUAUGAGGUCUGUUAGAACAGCAGCAAUGAUGUGAAGUGCCAUAUUGAUCAUAAAAAUAAAGAAGUUUGCAGACUGUGUCCCUACUGGAGACCUAUUACCGGUUGUCAUGGAUCUGAAAGAAAAUAAAUGAU